AUGAAUUCUACACUAAUUAAAAUCACUCCAAAAGACCCCAAUCAGCAAAUUACUAUUUCAUUCUUUCAAAUUAAAAUGUCAUAUUCUAUUUCAGAAUGUAAAUAUUAUGGAAUUUUUUCCACAUUAAAAAAUUUCAAAACAAGUAUUACGAUUUCACAAAAUCAAUUCCUUAAUAUUUAUGCUCAAAAUAAUAUCCCACUAAAAUUUACCAUUAAAGCAGAAAAAUCCCAAAUUAAUGGCGAAGUAUAUGACAAAUCUGGAAUUUAUUCCAAAGCAAAUGAUAUCUCCAGCGGAAAUAUGUUUUACCUAAAAAUUUCCCCAAAUAUUACAACUGAAGGAUAUACAUCAGAAACUGUAGAGAUUAUUUGUGAAACAAAUUCAUCUGCUCCGGUCUUGGAUGGAUGUUCAUAUCCUUUUGGAGAUGAUAUUUUCUAUAUUCUUCCAGAAGAAGGAGCUUACACACUUGAUCAAAUUAAAGCAUAUACAAGAGAUCAUCGAAAUAUAUUCACAAACUGGCCAGGUGAAACAUUUUUACCAGAUAAUUUACCAUGUGAAGAAAUAAUAAAAAUGGAUAAUAAUAUUAUUAGUAAGAUUGUUACAAUUGGUGUUGGAAAGUCUGUAUGUACAAACGGAAGUUUUGUGUAUGCAUCAAAAGACAAAUUCAAAGCUACAUUUUACAAUUUAUUAAAUUCACAAAAGAAACCAAUAGAAGUAGAAAAUCCAUUCAGUGUUGCAGGAAAUUAUUUAAGCAUUAUAAACUGUUCUGAUUCAACAAGGGAGUGCAAAGUCCAUAUUGUUUCAAUUAAUCAACCUCAAUCUACAAAUGAGGGAACAUUGAGUUCUAUUUUCACAACAAAGAAUUCUCUCAACAUGAAAGAAAAACUUCAGUUUACGAAUCAAUCAUCGAAAUCAUUAAUACUUCAAUCGCAUAGUGCACAAAAUAAAGAAAUAGAAGUCACCACAGAUCAUAAAAAAGUUAUCGGUGUUCUUCGUAACAGUGCAGGCGAAGCUAGAGAGAAAAAGCUCAAAGGAAAAACGAUCUGGGCAACAUUAAAUCCAGAUAUGGAAGGAGAACCAGGUGAUGUCAAUGUUGAAAUCAAUAUUAAAGAAGUAGAGGAAUCAACAAAAGAGCCAGAAGAAUCUCUCUUCCCAGAUGAUAUUCUCUUCGAUAUUCCAAUUGGAGUUAAAACAGAGGAAGAACUGAAAAAGAACACUAUAAACUGCAGUUUAAAGAAUAUUUCCAAUAAUGGUGGUCUCUAUACUCUAGCAAUUGUAGGAAUUGUAAUUGGUGUUAUUGAUUUUAUUGCACUCAUCUGUAUUCUCGUGGGGUUCUUUGUUUUUAGGAACAAGUCUAAAAACAAUGAAUCAGGAUCAGGAGAAAGAGUCUAA